AUGAACGUGGACGCCGCGCUCGGCGUGCGCGGCGACGUCCUCCCGCGCGGCGCGCUCGUGCUGGUGACGGACACGGUGGAGACGAGCGCGGAAUUCGUCGUGAGCCACUUCCUUCGACGCGCGCUCGCCGCGUCGGACGCCGCGCGCGCCGCCGCCGACGCCGCCGACGGCGGCGGCGGCGGCGGCGAAUGGAAGACGUGCCUCGUGACCUCGGAGCGGUGCGUCGCGCAUCACGCGAACGCGAUGCGGAAGUGGGGGAGGAACCUGAGAGCGGACGUGAAGGACGGGAAGCUCGUCGUCGUGGACGCGCACGAUUCGACCCCGGGAUGGGCAACAACACGCGCGCGCGGCGGCGACGGCGACGGCGACGGCGACGCGGUGAUCGACGAGAGCAGCCCGGCGAAGGACGUGUACGAGCAGAUCGCGCGCGCGCUGGGGCUGAACGACGGCGCCGGCGACGAAGACGGAGGCGCGUCGUCGUCGUCGUCGUCGUCGUCGGCGGCGGCGGCGUCCAGGGUCGUCGUCUUCGACGGCGUCGACGCCAUCGCGGAGGCGGAAGAAUCCCUCGAGCGCCGCCGCGGUCGCCGCGGGGAUCGAACCCGCGCGCCCGUCACCUCGAGAGGCCGCGUCCACGCGAUGGUCCGAUCGCUGCUCGCGCACGACUCGGGCGUCGCCGUCGUCGCGCUGGCGCACGCGGACGCCGCGGGCGGGGAAGCGAUCGAGUCGGGCGGGUGGCUGCGCCGGUUGACGUCGGACGCGGACGUCGUCGCGCGCGUCGAAGCGCUCCCAUCGGGGGUCGCGUCGGACGUCCACGGGUUGAUCACGGCGACGCAUCGGACGGGGAGGAUGCUGCCGCCGCCGGGCGACGGCGACGGCGACGCGGCGCGCGCCGGGGAAGCGAGCGCGAGGUUUCGGCUCACCGAGCUCGGCGCGGAGCUCACGCGCGUGAUCCGGAGCCGCGCCGUCGCCGCGGACGCGACGGCGUGA